AUGAAUUGUCUCUCCCUCUCUUUAAGAUUUCUCUCUUACUUGGAUUCUCUCUUUCUUUCUAAUAUUUUACUCUCCCUAUAUUUACGAUUCCUCUCACAUUCUCUUUGUAAUUUUUUGAUCUCUCAUUACGAUUCUCUCUCUCUUUACGAUUUCUCUGCCCCCCUUAUUAUAUCUAUCUAUCUAUCUAUCUAUCUAUCGUUAGGAUUCUCUCUCUCUCCCUCAAUGAUUUCUUCCUCACCUUCUCUUUACAAUUUCCCUUUUCUCGCCUUUCUAUUAACGAUUUUCUUUCUCUCAUUAUUAUUCUCUCUCACUCUUUCUCUAUCUAUCUCUCAUUCCUUGCUAUCUAUCUAUCUAUCUAUCUAUCUAUCUAUCUAUCUAUCUAUCCCAUACCUUUCAUUAUCUAUCUAUCUAUCUAUCUAUCUAUCUAUCUAUCUCAUACUUUUCAUUAUCUAUCUAUCUAUCUAUCUAUCUAUCUAUCUAUCUAGGCUCUUUUUCUCUCUCUCUCUUUCUCCUCUUUUUCCCCUUCUACUAUUAUUCGUUUCAUCUCACUUUCCCUUCUUACCUCUCUUUACAUUCUCUAAGCGGGUUAAAUUCGAACAGUUCAAAGAUGGCGCAUUUCUUGUUCUCUGUUUAUCUGCCACCAUAUCUGAACGAAUUUUACACUUUUCUUUCUUCUAUUCUAAUGACAAAGGGACUAAUAUGCUAUGCAUUUCAUGA